AUAUUUUUGAAUUUUCAAUUUAAUAAUAAUAACAUAACUUAAUUUUAAAAUAUAAACAAAUUAAAUAAAACAUUACAAAGUGACGUUUCGCCGUGUAAAGUACGAUAUGAAAUAAUAAGAAUGAAUAUGUUUGUCAUGUGAUUUUCAUUGUAACGUGAUAUACACAAUAAAUGCCUUUAGUCAAAUUCGAUCCUUUCGGCUGUCUUCGGGUAAAGUCGGGACCAAUGCUUUCAGUUGACGCUGCUUGGCUGGUAGUGAGACACGCCCCUGCUACACGUUAUGUCACAGCAACACACUCAAGGUUACUGCACACGCUAGAAGAAGAAUGGGCAUCCAUCUGAAAGGUAUCUGUUGGUCAGUGACCAUCUGACAGGAUGCAUAUCGCUGACUUUGUGUCUGGAUCAUUUGCAGGGGCAUGUGGAGUUGCAGUGGGCUACCCUCUGGACACUGUGAAGGUCCGGAUCCAAACCCAGAAACAGUUCACUGGAAUAUGGCAGUGUGCAGCGGCAACAUUUUCAAAAGAAGGGGUACAUGGCUUCUUCAAGGGCAUGUCCUUACCCAUUACCACAAUCUCUAUGACUUCCUCAGUGGUGUUUGGCACAUACAGGAACUGCCUGCAAUGCCUGAGCCAGGCGCGGGGAACUGGCUGCGGUCCAAACACCAAACUUGAAGUAUUCCUGUCUGGUAUGGCGGCGGGUAUAGCUCAGAUAUCAGUGAUGUCCCCAGGUGAUAUAGUGAAAGUACGUCUGCAAUGUCAGACAGAGUCCAUGCAAGGAGGGAACAACAUGCCCAAACCCAAGUACCAUGGUCCAGUUCACUGUCUGCUGAGCAUUAUCAAAGAGGACGGGUUCAUGGGGCUCUACAGAGGAACGCUUCCGCUUAUGCUAAGAGACGGGCCAUCAUUUGCCACAUACUUUCUGACUUAUGCGACCAUCUGUGAGUGGCUGACAGACAACAGCAAGAAAAGACCAGAUUGGAGUGUUGUGAUGCUGGCCGGUGGAGUAGCAGGAAUGGCAGGCUGGACUGUAGGAACGCCCAUGGACGUGAUCAAAGCCCGUCUGCAGAUGGAUGGAACCCGGGAGAACAAGCGAUACAAGGGUUUAUAUCACUGCAUCACUGAGACAAUGAAGGUGGAGGGAGUAGGGGUGUUCUUUAAGAGUUUACACAUCAACUGCCUGCGUGCAUUCCCUGUCAACAUGGUGGUGUUUGUUACGUAUGAGGUUCUCACCGGUCUCCUCCGAGGUAGACCUGACAGUAAUAACCCGCCUCAUUGAGGUUUUGAAUAGUAUUGACUACCUCCAGUUUUAAUACCUCAUCUGUUAUUAAUGCUGAUGUUUGUUUUUACAUACACUAGUGCAGUGCCCAUUCAGGGCGUGGCCGUUCUGAACGGGUAAGAGUGGGACAAUUGCUUGGCAGCGUUCUUCCGAUUGACUUCACACUCCUUCCAUAACUUGCACUUCCUGGGGUUCUCUGGAAUACACCCACUAAGUUAGAAGUUGAUCAGAUGAACAGUUCUCAAGAUAUGUCAAGGACAGGCAUGCACACAUCCAGACAGAUUUCUUCCUAUACACUGUAGUUAGAUGGUGCUGUUAUAGCGCCACCUAUUGGUGCCAAAUGGCACCAAAUCUGACAUUGUCAUAUCUACAUGUCCACCAGAUGGGGUUGCAAUAGCACAAAGCUUUCUGGAGAUAUUGCCUUUUUUGUAUUAAUAGUCUUGCCCACAGUAUUUAAGCAAACUUUGAGGGCCAGCUACUGUAUAAGAAAUAUUUUUGGAAUAUGAAAAGAAAGUAACUUUUCCCUACUUGGUCCAGAGAUGUUCUGUACCAAAUUUGGGGACAAUUGCUCAAAAUUUGUAGGAGGAGUAGCAAAAAAAGAAAAAGAUUUGGACAAAAUUCAAGUGGGGAUUUAUCUGGAUACAGAUGGGCGUAGCUAAUAUUGAUAGAUGUGUCUGGAGCCACAGAAUCCAGGGGGGAAAAAUGUGUUUCUGAGACUAAAGGGCCGUCCACACCAACAACAAUAACUAUAACGAUGUGAGCAUCCGCACUAAUGAAUGAUAACUUUCUGUAUACAGUGGCUGCAGUCAGUAGCUUAGGAAAAUGGAUAUUGAUGAGCAGUUACUGCUGUACGUUGCACAGAGAAACAAGGAGAAAACCAGAAGGAUAUGGGUUCACGAAAUUCUUCAAAGAAGGGAGGAGUUAGGGGAAUCCCACACUGUUAAAAGUGUAGUCGUCUUUUGAAGACAAAUUUUACUAUUACUUUCACUAUUACUUUCUUUUAAGUCAACAUUCUAUUUAUUUAUUUAUUGAUAUAACGCUGCUAAUUCAUAUCAAAGUUAUCUCAUUGCACUUUUCAUAUAGACUAGGUCUAGACCAUACUCUUUGUAAUAUUAUUAACAGAGAACCAACAAUUCCCACCAUGAGCGAACACUUGGCAAGUGGAAAGGAAAAGGGGGUUAGAUCGAUGGUAUCGCUGUCAAAGAGGACAUCAGUAAGAACAAGUUGAACUUCAGAGACCCCAUCAGCGUCAAAGAGCACUGGCGGUAUGUCUCAUUUAAAAUGACAUUUUGGGAGAUUUUGACUGAAUGUCAGUGUUUCUAUCGUUUUUUAAAUCGCUCUGAAAGUGAUCACUCGCCAAUGUUGCCGUCGUUAUAGUUGUUGUGAGGACUCCGACAUCCACUUGAGUAAGAACAAUCUUUAAAGCAAUAUAUUUAUGGUUAUUGUUAUCAUUCUUGGUGGGGAUGGCUUUGGUAUGGUGUUAUAGCGCCACCAUCUGAUCAAAUUGCACCAAAUACAACACAGCACUCCCUUGGGUCCUCAGCAAGAUACUGUCGAGAAAAUCAAUGGACGGACAUACAGACAGGGAUUCCUUCCUGUCGCAUUGAAAUAUUUUUAAGCAGCCUUACAUGUUUAAUAUUCACUUUGGUCGGGUAAUGUAAUAUCCUAAUAUACUCAGGGGUGAUUCGUCAGUAACGGGCACUGCAACCUUCUGGCCAUUAUGGUCUCCCUGGCAAGCUUAUCAUGUUUCCUCUUCUUUUGCUCUAUGUUCAUGACUAGAAAACCGUCUGCAAGACUGGUGUAGUUUUUUACCAGAACAGUAGUUCACCAAGAAAUCUCAACAGUUUUGAGACUACUAAAACUUGAGCUAUAUUUGUCUGUAUUCAAGACAUUUUAAGGCAUUGAAUUUACAAAUGAGCUGCAGCACACACAAUUUAGAGUAAGUAUGAUACCCGUCCAGGCUGCUUGUAUACAUAUCAUAACAUCUGUGGCUCAUUUCCAGCUCAGUAGCAAAAUGGUAAAGCUGGACAUUGUAUUGAUAUUUUAAACCUUAAUGACAUAUAUGAAAGGAUUAUUCUGGAAAUAGAACUAUAAUAAGAAACAGUAGCUUCAAGAUAAUUAGGUUCUGGCUAAAUGUUUGUAUAUCAUUGCUGCUGUCAUGACCAACGUUGAAUUCCUCAAAGCAAAGUGUCUGUAAUCACAUACAUGGAGCACAUAUAUCAUAUGUGUUUUUAUUCCAUUUCCUCUCAAACAUUUAGAGGAUUGCUGUUUCCCAGAAUACAAAACACAUUUUUAGUACUGCUACUGACGUGUUACCUUUAAAGGCCAUAGGUUUGGUUUCAGAUUUGGGAAGGUGGAAAAUAUGUGAAUGAUAUUUCUUAAAUUAUUUGUAUAAUAAUAAUGUCUUCCAUAAUAAAGGCAGUUUAACAAAAUUA